AUGAACUUCGCAUGUAAGAUCUUAGCCAGCUUCCUCCUGAUUUUCAUCCCUUCUACCAAAGGUCACAGCCAGCUGUGCCUGGCAGUGAGUCUCAAGGCCUCAGAGACUGUCUUGCUUUUUAUAGGUGUAGCUCCUCCAGCUAGCGAGGUCCUGGGUAUCCUGCACCAUGACAUCGUGAUCAUUCCUGAUCCUCCAAAGAAGGACAAUAUACUACAUGACAUAGCAUGGAAAAAAGACGGAAGGAGGAUUAUACGAUGUAUAAAUGGCAUGAUUACUAACGAGAAUAAGGAAAAAUACCAAGUAUUUGAAAAUGGAACUCUGAAAAUUAAACAUCUGCAAAGAAAUGAUAGUGACAGCUACGAGGUAAACCUAUAUAAUUCGGAUGGACACAACAUAUUGACGCAAACAUUUGCUCUGAAGAUUCUAGAGAGGGUCUCAAAACCCGUGAUCAACUGGAAUUGUACCAACAAAACCAUGACCUGUGAGGUAACACAAGGAACUGACCCUAAAAUAACACUGUAUCGAUAUAGGAUCAGCAUCAAAGAAGGCCAGAAGGCCAUCACGUACAAGUGGACCACCAAACCAAAUGCACCAUUCAACUGCACAGCAACUAACGGUGUCAGCGGGGAAACCAGCGUGGUGGACAUUGACUGUUCAGAGAAAGGGCUGGAUAUGCCCCUCAUCAUUGGCAUUUGUGGUGGAGGCAUUUUCUUCUUCCUCUUUGUGGCACUCCUCAUUCUCUUCAUCAGCAAGAGGAGAAAACAGCACAGAAGGAAAAACGGUGAGAAACUGGAACUCAGAGCACACAGAAGCACCUCUGAGGAAAGGAGCCGGAGGCCCCACCAAAACCCAGCCUCAGCUCCUCCCACUGCAGCCGCAUCCCAAGCUCCUCCUCCACCUGGUCAUCGUCCCCAGGCACAUGGUCCUCGCCCCCCGCCUCCUGGCCACCGUGCCCAGCACCCGCAGCAGAAGAGGCCCCUGCCUCCCCCCGGCGCCCAUGUCUACCAACAGAAAGGACCUCCUCUCCCCACGCCUCGGGUUCAACCGAAACCUCCCCGUGGAGCCAGAGAAAACGCCAAACUGUCUUCUGGCAGAGCUGACCCCAUCCUUUGAUUAGAAGAGGUAGAAACUGUGCCUUCCUGGAAAGGCACCGUGGGGCUCCUGCACUCGGUGCGGACGCCUGCACUUCUACCAGCUGCGUCCCACAAGCAGGGCGUCAUCACCUCCCGGCUCCUGGCCCAGAGCCACACCUGCACACCCCUCAGCCACAUGGUCUCACAUCUGGAGUCACUGGCCUCCUCCUCAAGUGCCACCGCACCCAGAAGGGAGAGACAAUAAAGUGCAAUCAUUAGGAUGAGGGGUGACCGAGCACGAAACCCUAGAGCGCUCCGCGCCUCCCUGAGCGACAUCCAGCAGCCGCUGUGCCCGUGUCUCGUUACCAGCCACCUGCCCGAUGCAGAGACUCUGGGGUUUCUGAUGUGCCUGGUGGACACUUGCCUACCAUCU